AUGCAAUUCAAAUCUGUUAUUCUUGCUUUAGGUGCUGCUACCGUCGUCUCUGCUGCUUCUAACUCUACUGGCGGUGCUGUCGGUGGUUCUAACUCCACUGGCGGUGGUGUUGGUGGUUCUAACUCCACUGGCGGUGGUGCUGGUGGUUCUAACGGUACCGGUGGUGGUGCUGGUGGUUCCAACGGUUCUGGUUCUGGUGGUUCCGGAUCUGGUGGUUCUGAAAAUGGUGCCUCUAUCGUGGGUGCCGGUGUUGUCGGUGCUGUUGCCGCAGCUGGUGUUGCUUUAUUAUUCUAA